GGGGAAGGGGCGCAGCCUGGCUGCAGUCCCUCUGCAGAGGGCUGUUUGCUCAGGGUGCGAGGUGGCUCCCAGGCUGUCUGGGCGCAGUGCUGCGUAAGAUUGCCGACCUCAGCAGUGGAGUUCACGCCAGCGCUAACGGUUGGUCUUGAAAUAGAAGACCUUUCAUGAAGAAAUUGCAACCAAUAGAGAAAUGAGGCAUCUGUAUAGUAGAGAAAGCCCUAAAACAACCGUAUAAGUAGGAUGAAAGGAAUGAAUAUACCUGGGAGAGAUUUUACUCAGUGUGAAUAUUUUUAUCCACCGGUUUGCCCUAAAAGGCUGCCUAAGGAAGAAAUAAUAUAGUUUUCUAGAGAAUGAAAGAGUGUGGUAUAAAUAUGGAGACCACAGUUUCUGAAAUUCAAGUAGAAAAUAAGGAUGAAAUGAAAUUAGCAGAAGUCAGUCCUCAGAAUGAAAGACAUGAGGAAAAAACAUCCGUGCUUUGCUUCAAGAGAAGAAAGAAAGCAGUCAAGGCAGUGAAGCCCAAAGCUGUCUCUGAGGCUGCCAAUGUGGCAAGGGAGUGUCCAGUAGAAGCAAGAGCUUCUGAUCAGCCACAGCACCCAGGGGGCACCUGGGCCUCAAUCAAACGUCUAGUAACACACAGGAAAAGGUCAGAUUCUUCAAAGCAGCAAAAGUCAUUUAAGGCUGAAGUGCAACCUGAAAUAAAGGAUGAGGAUGCUGAUCUUCCUAAGAAAAAGGUAAAAUCCAGAAUUAAGAUUCCCUGCAUAAAAUUCUCAAAAGGUGCACAAAGAAGUAAUCAUUCCAGAAUUACAGAAGACUCAGACUGCACCAUCAAAGUCCAAAAAGAGGCUGAAGGGUUGGAUAUACAAACUCAGACCCAAUUAAAUGACCAGGCAACAAAGGCUAAGUCAGCCCAGGACCUAAGUGAAGGCGUCCUGCACAAAGAUGGUGAUGAGUUCUGUGAAUCAAAUGUGAACAGCAGCAUAACAUCUGGAGAGAAUGUGAUUUCAGUAGAACUUGAAUUAGAUAAUGGGCAUUCUGCUAUUCAAACAGGAACUCUAAUCCUUGAAAAGGAAAUUGAAAUGAUUGAAGAAAAACAAAGUGUUCAACCCCAGCAAGCAAGCCCGCUUGCAAGUUCAGAAACAGACAACCAGCAACUAGUGGCUUCUGAUGUUCCUCCAUCACCUGCAAUCCCAGAUCAGAAAACUGUGGAAGAAUCCAAUAACAGUGUCCUAGAAAGUAGACCAUACUGUGAAGACUAUGAAAGUAGAGAGAUGGCAGCUGAAGAGAAUAAGCCAAAAGAUACUGAAUUGAGCCAGGAAUCAGAUCUGAAAGAAAAUGGGAUCAAUGCAGAGAAACCCAAAUCAGAAGAAAGCAAAAGAAUGGAGCCAAUUGCUAUUAUUAUUACAGACACUGAAAUCAGUGAAUUUGAUGUUAAGAAAUCUAAAAAUGUCCCUAAGCAAUUCUUAAUUUCAAUAGAAAAUGAGCAAGUAGGGGUUUUUGCUAAUGAUAGUGGUUUUGAGGGUAGAACUCCAGAACAAUAUGAAACACUCUUAAUAGAAACAGCUUCUUCUCUUGUCAGGAAUGCUAUCCAGUUGUCUAUAGAACAGCUGAUUAAUGAAAUGGCCUCCGAUGAUAAUAAGAUAAACACUCUCCUACAGUGACUUAAUUUCCAGGUCAAGGAAGAAAAGCUAAACCAUUUACACAUUUGUGGCAUUUCUUAUUCAGAUACAAAUAAGAUUUAUCACUUGUGGAAUUAAAGGUAAAAAUCCCAGCCUACAAGUGCUAAAGAGUAAAUCAAGUUCAUAAAACUCUACCACUGAAAUGCAGUCACUUCUGGAUUGAAGGAAGUCAGCACAGAUUGCAACACAAAGUGACAUACAGGGAGUACUAAAAUGGCAUAUGGAGAUUGUUUGGGGAAGGAAAUAUUUAUUGAGCACUGCAGUAUGCCAUAAGCUCUUUACUGUUCUCUGAUGUCACAAAGUCUGAUUUCUUUUUAAUAGUUUAAUGCUGUGUAACAUCGCAUUCAGUUUUCAAAAACUUUUUUUACACUGCACUUUUAUGUUGUUUAAAAUGGUGAAUAAGGUGAGUUAUUUUUGUGAAUGUGUAUUUUAUAGUUAUUAUAUUCCUCAGCAGUAGUAUUACCUCAAAAAAUAUAUUGCAUUUCUAAUUUCAGCAGAGACUAUGCAUAAUAUGCAUACUGGAAUUAAACAUAAGUGGUUUUCUCAUUUUGCUCAAGUCCCUUACAAAAGCCAUUGAUGAGAUCCUUCAAAUAGGCAAAUAGUGUGGAAACAAGGGAUACAGUUUCCCUUUCCACCUUGCUUUAGCCCCAGCAGAUCUGUAUAUAUCCAUUUUUAUACCAGCUGAUACUGGCUGGUCUGCUGAAAAGUGUAAAACAAAACAAUGAAAACAAAAUGAGGGGAAUAUUACUUUUCAUCCAGGAGAAGUAACAAAUGAUCACAGCACAGAGUUCUUCUUGAAGAAUUUCUUCUUUAAAGACCCUAUUUACCAACCUCUCCUCAAGGAGGGGAGAGGUCCGAUGGUAAAGAUCCUAGGAAAUCAUAAUAUUCUAGUGAAAAUGUUGUUUAUUCUUGGCCAAGAAUGAGCCAUGUAUAAAAUUAUUUAUAAGGUACAUAUUUUCAGUGUGUCUAUGUGUUAAGAGAAACCAGUAAAAAGUAUUUUACAUGGAUAUUGAAAAUUAACUUUUUCAUCACAAUUUCCAGUCCAGCUAAUAUUUUACAAAAACGAGAAGGGCUUCAUUUGCAUUUUAUUCAGUUAUUUAAAGAGAAGCAUUCAAUCACAUUAAUGAUUGCCAUGUUUUUUGGAUAAAAUUCUAUCUUCUAUGUUUUCUUGUAUGAAAUGGCCACGAUACCCUAACAUACUUCCUUGCCUCACAGGUUAAGGUUCAUAUUGUAUAGUCUCCCA